AUGAUCAAUUUGACGAUCACGCUCACGUCUGGCUUGCCAUUCUUGAUUCUUGAUAAGGAAACCUUUGUUACGUGAGGACUGGGAAAAUGGCGAUGCCCAUGUCUUUGAUUCUUAUAAAUUGGAGGCUCCUUCCGAGUUUGGGGUCACUGAGCAUUGCUUCAUUAAGUUUCAGGUUCUCUUUGCUUCGGUACCCACAACAGAAGAAGAAGAAGAAGAAGAGGAAGGAGAAGAAUGGAGAUUGAUGUGAGGGAAGUGUGGUAUUGGAACCUUAGAAAAGAGAUGGCUACGAUUGCACGCUUGAAAGAUUAUUUUCCCUUUGUGGCUUUUGACACAGAGUUCCCUGGCUUCCUUGUGUCUUCGUCUUGGAAGGCAUCUCCGGAUGAGUUAUACGCCGACAUGAAAUCGAAUGUAGAUGGCUUGAAAGUGAUUCAAGUUGGCCUCGCCUUAUUCGACGCCUGGGGUAGGCUUCCGUUCUCGAGGCCAAAUCGUGCUGUGGUGUGGCAGUUCAACCUCUCCGAUUUCGACCCAUCUUGUGAUCGCCACUCGUCUUCCGCAGUCGAGUUUCUGAAAGAGAACGGCAUCGAUCUUGAAGCGACUCGACGUCAGGGGAUCAAAUCCAUGAGGCUCUGCCGAGAGUUUUGGGCCGCAGGAUUGCUGGCCAACCGUCGUCUUGUUUGGCUUUGCUUCCACGGGAGCUAUGAUUUUGGGUAUAUGUUAAAGCUGAUUGAAGGUGGGAAGCCGUUGCCCCUUACUCGACACGAAUUCAUGAAGAAGGUGAAGGCCUGCUUUUGCAAUAUAUACGAUCUGAAGUACAUCGCUAAGUCUUACGAUGAACUUAGGAGAGGUAGGCUGGGGCUUUGCAAGAUGGCUGAAAUUCUUAGAGUUAAGGAUUACUUGGAGCGCUCUCAGGAGGUGGAUGACAAACAAAAAGUGGGGAAUCACAGGUACCACCAAGCUGGAUGGGACAGCCUAGUUACUGGCAUGUCCUUUUUUCGGCUGCGAACGAUUCCUGUGGUUCAAGCUCUGAAGCAUAGCUCCUGUGAGCUGCGAGCAGUUGAUUACUCAGGUUUCAACGCGGUGAUGAGGGAUUCUUAUGGGUCGAUUUUUGACAUAGAGGCUAAGGUGGGUAACCCAGUCUCAGCGUAUUAAUUCAGCGCAGCAGAAUGAGCAGCAGGGGAGAGGUGCAUGUAGCUACUGUUCAUGAAGCUAACCAUCCUCUGUUGCUGCUCCCCACGUUGUGUUGUUCCACUGUAGAGUAUUGACGUGUCUGUCUUUCACUCCACUCUGGGGAUCGAGUGUUCCUGUUAGGAAGUUAAGUCACAUGUCCUCCUGUUUGUUGUUGGCAUUAACAUCAGUUUACGUUCAAUUCUUUUGUGUACAAUGUACAUCUCUGUCUCUCUCUGAUGUAUUGGAAGGACGGAACUGUAUAUCAGGAUGUUUAUUGCCAAGAUUUUGCCUAAUAUACAA